AUGGAUCCCCUUCCAUACGCCACCAUUGCUCGCCAAACGUGGGAAUUGGAGAACAAUGUUGCAAACAACAUUGUCGCAACCACCGCCGCCUUCGAUUCCUCCGACGCCAUUUUCUUCUACGACGAGGCGGCCCAGGCCAAGUGCCAGCAGGAGAAGCCCUGGGCGAAUGACCCGAACUACUUCAAGCGCGUCAAGGUAUCCGCCCUCGCGCUGCUCAAGAUGGUGGUGCACGCUCGCUCCGGCGGCACCAUCGAGGUCAUGGGACUCAUGCAGGGGAAAACCGACGGCGACACUAUAAUCGUAAUGGAUGCCUUUGCCCUCCCCGUUGAGGGCACCGAAACUAGGGUUAAUGCGCAGGCCGAUGCCUAUGAGUACAUGGUUGAUUAUUCGCAAACCAACCAACGGGCGGGUCGAUUAGAGAAUGUAGUUGGGUGGUACCACUCCCAUCCUGGUUAUGGCUGCUGGCUUUCUGGUAUAGAUGUUUCCACACAAAUGCUAAACCAGCAAUACCAGGAGCCAUUCCUAGCCGUUGUUAUUGAUCCAACAAGGACAGUUUCUGCUGGGAAAGUGGAGAUUGGUGCUUUUAGAACAUACACCGAAGGUUACAAACCUGCAGACGAGCAAGUCUCUAAGUAUCAGACCAUCCCUCUGAACAAAAUUGAAGACUUUGGUGUGCACUGUAAGCAGUAUUACUCGUUAGACAUCACGUCUUUCAAGUCCUCGCUUGAUUCUCAUCUAUUGGAUCUGUUGUGGAACAAGUAUUGGGUGAACACCCUUUCUUCUUCACUUUGGCUGGGUAAUGCAGACUUUGUUGUUGGUCAGAUAUCAGAUUUAGCUGAGAAAAGUGAGCAAGCUGAAACUCAAAUUGCUCAUUCAGGCUUUGGGUCUUUGGUAAUAGCACCUCAAAGGAAGAAAGAGCAAGAAUCUCAACUUAACAAGAUUACUCGUGAUAGUGCAAAGAUAACUGUGGAGCAGGUUCACGGUUUAAUGUUACAUGUAAAUUGCAAUCUG